AUGCCCAAGUACUACUGUGAUUACUGUAAUUCGUACUUGACUCACGAUACCAUGAGCGUGAGAAAGUCUCAUUUAAUCGGUAGAAACCACAUCAAAUACUAUUGUACAUACUACGAAACAAAGGCCAAGGAAACGGGAAUAUGGAAUCCUGACGAUUUGGUGUAUGAAGUCACGUUUGAGACCCUUAACCGUGCUGCUCCUGGAAGUGCACCUAUACGAAGAAAGCAUUACGAUCACGAUCAUGUGGAUGUUUCGUACAAGACUGAAGAAACCGAUGGUAAGGACUCGGAAAUAGACGCUAAAUAUAGAGAGGAAUCAGCAUUGAAAUUGCCUCCUCCUCCAAACUUGACAGGGUUCCCAAAUCCGCCACCUUCUAUAUUUCAUUACACAGAAGAGUAUAAGAAAGCAAUUGCCAAGUACAAAGAGCAAUCAUGA